CCCAUUUUCAACCUACAUUACCAGGCCAGUUUCUUCCCUGUAUUCACCAGUCAUUUAAGGACCGCGGGGAAGUCGAGUGGACGAAAUGUUGACAACAUGUGGACAUAUAUCCAUUUAAAGUGCGAACUGUGACGGAUCACAGACACGUAUGGAUACCGCUAGUGGUGACAACUGGCGGAGACGCACGAGGAGCGCACGAGCCUGCCGCAGACAGCAAACCACAGCACGAGUUGACGAGUCCAAUGUGCUGCGUUCUCUCAGCGUGGGAAACACGGAAGAAGACCAUGACAUGAAGGGGGUCACCGGGCUCUCCAAGCAGGACAACCUGGAGCAGAGAGUCAUGGCGCCCCGCUACAGCCUCCUGCGGGAGGUGGGAAGGGGCACAUACGGAGUGGUGUACGAAGCUGUGGCCCGGAGGUCCGGUGCCAAAGUCGCGGUGAAGAAACUGCGGUGCGACGCGCCGGAAAACGUGGAGCUCGCCCUGCAGGAGUUCUGGGCGCUGACAAGUUUGGAGAAGAAGCAUCAAAAUGUCGUGCAGCUGGAAGAGUGUGUGCUGCAGAGGAACGGCAUGGCCCAGAAAAUGAGUCAUGGGAACAAACGGUCCAAACAGUACCUGCGUCUGGUGGAGACUUCACUGAAAGGUGAGAGGGUGCUCGGUCCUCCAGAGGAGCCUUGUUACCUGUGGUUUGUCAUGGAGUUCUGUGAAGGUGGUGACCUCAACCAGUUCAUCCUGUCCCGGCGGCCUGAUUCGCAAACCAACAACAGUUUCAUGCUCCAGCUGACCAGUGCUGUCGCUUUUCUGCAUGAAAACCACAUUGUGCACAGAGACCUCAAACCUGACAAUAUCCUCAUCUCUGAGAAGUCAGGGACUCCAGUCCUCAAGGUGGCUGACUUCGGCCUGAGUAAAGUCUGUGCAGGUUUAGGAGACACCAGUGAGGGCAAAGAAGGCGAAGACAAGAACAAAAACGUCAAUGUCAACAAGUUUUGGUUGUCAUCGGCAUGCGGCUCAGACUUCUAUAUGGCUCCUGAGGUGUGGGAGGGCCACUACACAGCCAAGGCUGACAUAUUUGCCCUCGGCAUCAUCAUUUGGGCCAUGCUGGAGAGAAUAACUUUCAUUGAUGCCGAGUCUAAGCGGGAGCUGCUGGGUACAUAUGUGAGACAAGGAGCAGACAUUGUACCAGUUGGUGAGGCACUGCUGGAGAAUCCAAAGAUGGUACUGAGCAUCCCACAGAAACGCAGAUCAUGCAUGUCUGAUGGAGUAAGGAAGCUUCUGCAGGACAUGCUCGCCGUCAACCCUCAGGACCGGCCCAGUGCAUUUGAGCUGCAGACCAGAAUGGACCAAGUUAUGUGUGCUGCAUGACCCUCAGCAAGAUAGAUAACAAGAUUACAGACUUGUGUUUCUACCUGGAGAUGCCACAUCAGAGAAGGUCUCCAUCUUUUAAACUGAAGACUGUGAAGAGGGAGAAGAAAUGCCGUUACUCCUUAAGUUUGAAGCUGAAAUGAUUAUUUUGUUCUCUUUUAACUUGUUUACAGUGGAGUUGGCUGCCAAUUCUGAUAGAGAAUGAUAAUCUUGCCUAGAAUAUUAUUAUAAAGCAAGAAACCUGACAUUAGUUUGCAGAGUGGGAAACUCGAUUUAGCCAUACCUACAUCAAAGAAUAGAGGUCUGGAGAAGUUCCCAUCAGAAAACAGGACACAGUGACUGCGGCCAUGAAAAUGUCAGUCAUUUGACUAAGUCUAAGCUAAGCUGCAGCGUUAGACACCAUUUGUGUGUCAGUUGGGGUGAUUGCCUCCAUGAGUCUGCCACUUUGAUAAUGUUGAAUUAAAACACUGUGACAUCAGAUGACAAUGCUACUAAACCUCUCGCUUCAUGUAGUAGACUUUGUUACUUUGUUGGAAACUUGCUCGCCUGUCUUGCAGUGGUGUAUUUCCUUAAUUUUCCUUUUGUUCAACAUUGAUCUAGUAAACUUGUGUUGCCCCUGUGAGAUUUGACAGAAAACGGUGUCAUCACCCCUUUCUUCUGUUGGGUUUAAAUUUCUCCAGAUGUCUGUUGGUUUACACUGAGGUAUGCUACAAGGGAGUCUUGGUUAGUUAUUCGGAGUUUGUCAUCUGUGUAAAAUCCCUUGUCACGGUAUGUCAUUUUAUAUUGCAAUAUCAGUAUAUAUCAUGAUAGAGUCAUUUUCGUGGAAUACAGUUGAGACAGUUGUAGCUAAUUAGUGAUUGAAAUAGUUGUAAAAAUGCAAGAAACUUGUAAACUCGUUAUGGUAGUCAUGCUCAUUGAUUUACAGAAAUGCCUGCAAUCUCCUGAAGCAUCCAAAGCUUAAAGUGAUAGUUACCUAGGAUAAGACUAUAGAACCGAAUUUGCAAUGGAUGUCAUAUUCUGUAGUCUCACAGUAAUAACCCCAUUAGCCCCUGGAUAACUAUAGAGAAGUUUAUCCUGCUAAUUUGACUGUCAUAUAGCAGUCUUACUGUCUUCCACGGCCAUGUUGUGAUACUUUUUGGUAUUGUCAACGUACAUAAAGAUGCUCUGUUGAUCUUCUGUUGUGUUGUGCUGGAAGCUGGUUGUUGGUUUAUGUUAGCUGGCUCUAUAUCACAACUAACCUUAGCUACUGUUGUGAUCCAUUAGUGGAGAGGAGCGAGGCACUAAGAUGAGACACUAGAGAAUAUGAAUAAAGUCACAUCCUUGGGACUGUUUCCGAAGUCCUUCACAAAGAGAUCCAUAUGGUUGUAUAGACAACAGACGGGUAAGUUCUUAAUUUUUCCAAGUCAUGUUACAAUCUGCUCAGAUACAGCCAAUAAAAAAGUGAUGAAUACAUGUAAAUUACUACAAACAGCCCCUUUACCCCCUUCACUCUGCCAUGUUUCAAAGGUUCAGUGUCAGUGUUGCAAAUUGUCCAUCAAUUUGGUGCACGGAUACUCUGUACAUCUUUAGCAAAGUGUUGUUGAGCAGAUCAGGUUUCACUCAGGAUUCACUGACUGAGCCUUUACAGUUAUUUGAGUUUCAAAGGGACAUGUUGAUAUAAUUGCUGUUGCUGGUAGGAAAAGUAAAUCCCAGGUCAAGUGUAACAAAAAUGGAAGUUGAGGAGCUGAUUUAUGUUUUUAAUUGUAAUUUGUUCAGCCCGCUUUUUGGUCAUAAUCAGAAAUGUGAUGUCAUGUCUGUUAUUGAUAUGUUGUUGAAAAGAAUGUCCCAAUAUGCACACAUGACAGAGUGUAUGUUGUUUUCAAUAUGAUGGUAUUCUGGAGACAUGCAAGUUUUUCACAUUAUUUAAGCCCUCUUCUUUGCCUUCACUAGAAAUGCAGUGUUGAUGGCACGUUAUUUGUCAGCCUGUAAGUUAAGUUUGAUUUGAUUGACACUUUGAGUUCCAGUGUAAUCAAUUCCUUCAUACCUAUGGUGCCUUGAAAUUGUUUGUCAGGUAAAAUUUGGCUCCAGAUAAGCUGCUGUAUUUUUCUUUGAUUUGGCACAUUUAAAUUUGGCCAAUUCAUUAUCCAGGGUAUGUGGUUUUGAAGAUUUAGUUUCCUCAAAAGCACGUUUGAUAAUUUGUAAUAAGACAAGAAUCACUAUUUUUUUUUCCCUCUUUUUACUGUGGACCAUGUAUUUGCUGAGUAAAAUUAUGUCUUUUAAGAUAACCUAAGGAACAAAUAUCAUCUAUGUUAAAGGUGGCAAGGCUGUACAGAUAUCUCAUAAUGUUUUGAAAUGUGUUUCUUGUCAAAUUAAUCACUCUUUUUUUUUUUUUCCUUCCUAAUUUUUGAGGUAUAAUUGCGUCUGUGAUCUAAAGUGGAAUGUAAAAGAAUAAGGAGUUUAGAGGCAUUUCCAAAAUAUUAGUGCCAUGAACCACAUCAGAAUAAUGUAUCUGCGUUGUUAAUUUUGCCUUUGAACCAAAGUCUCUUUUAUGUUGAUGUGAACUAGAACCCUGGAUGAUUAAAAGAAUCCUCAUUCUUUUUAAUUGUACUACCUCGUGUGUCUGCACAUUUUCACCUUUUCUUUACUGAGCCAUUGUUAAUUUUUUCCAACCAACACAUUCUUUAGUUAGACACAAAACAUCUUUUUAUUUAAUGUCUUGAGUGUGCUGGGUAUGUGCAGUUUUCCAUGGAUUGUAAAUUCAUCACAUGGGUUUGGAAUAAAUGAGACAGAUUUUGAUUUCUGUCAGCUACUGGUUGUCUGUUUGUACCACUGCAUCGUGGGAAAUGAGUUUACUUUGACACAGAUGUUUACACACCUUUAGCUCAAAACAUACCUCAGUUGCUUACCUUUGUGUCACUAAUGUAUGCAUAUUUCAUUGUGAGGGUAGAAACGAUAAUGAACUGGAGAUGAUCGAAGCUUGAGAUGAUCAAUGUAGUGUUUUAUUUUUUAAUUUUACUCUUGAUUUCUGAGGAUUAAAAUUGCAUGUACUAAAUUAAGAGAUUUUAGCAAAACUUCAACUAUUCUCCUCAAUGCCAUGUAGCUGCCUCUGGAUGAUUUCCUUUGGUGUUGGACUGAUUUACCUGUAAAUGUGGGUAGGGCCUCCUGUUUGAAUAAUCACUUCUUUUUUUUUUACAUGCAGCACUCUACUCUAUGCAACUUUGCCUCCCUGGAUAUACUGUAGAACAGUUCAGUUCAGGCUGGUUUUGUUUUUGUCCUAUACUUAUCAUCCUGACAGGAACUGUACUAUACAGCUGGACCUUGUUGUGUUCAGAUGAUUUAACCCUUUAUUUCAAAAGAAUUUACAGUCCUUGGUUGUACAUGUUACUAAAACCACAUGCUUCAGUGAAAAUGUGUUUUUCUUUUUGUUUGCUGAAUUUGUACAUAUCAGGGUUCUGUUUUCAAUAAAGGUUGGAAACCUCAAA